UUGGUUGAGCUUUAGGAUUAGAUCCAAUCCAUUCUCUUCAAUCUUGGAUGGAUCAACCCAGCCGUAAGUUCUUAAUCUCAGCCUCGGAAGCCUUGGCCAUGGCGGAGUCCGCCGCCGUGACCCUCCCGGAACUCCUCCCCACCCUGGUCCCCACCGCCCAGCCCCUGGCCCGCCCCCCCAUCUCCAAGUUCUCCGUCGCCGCCGUGGGCCUGGCCCCCUCCGGCCGCAUCUUGGUGGGCGUGAACCUGGAGUUCCCUGGGCUCCCCCUCCACCACUCCGUCCACGCCGAACAGUUCCUGAUCACCAACCUCUCCCUGAAUGCAGAGCCCCACCUGGUUUCCCUUGCCGUCUCCGCCGCCCCCUGCGGGCACUGCCGGCAGUUCCUCCAAGAACUCCGCGCCGCCGCCGACGUCCAAAUCCUGGUAACCUCGGAGCCCACAGCAGAGUUCGGGCCACUCUCUGACUUGCUCCCUCAGAGGUUCUGUCCCCACGACCUUCUCCCCCUUGAAGCUCCCCUUCUCUUGGAACCCCACCACAACACCCUCACCCUCACCCUCCACCACCAACACCUGCCCAAUUAUAAGUUGAAGACUGCGGCUCUGGAGGCCGCCAACAACUCUCAUGCACCCUACAGUGGCUCCCCCUCUGGUGUGGCUCUUCUCGACUGCCAUGGCAAUGUUUUUAAAGGUUCCUACAUGGAAUCCGCCGCCUUUAAUCCCAGCUUGGGCCCCGUUCAGGCAGCCCUCGUCGCAUUCGUCUCCGGCGGCGGCGGCGACUACGACCAGAUUGUGGGUGCGGUCUUGGUGGAGAAGGAGGAUGCCGUCGUUAAACAGGAGAGCACGGCGAGGUUGUUGAUUAACUCCAUUUCGCCCAAUUGCCAAUUCGACACAUUCCUUUGCCACUGCAACCCUAAUCACAUUGUUUAAUUCUAAUUUUAUUCGUUUAAUAUUAAUUGUUCUCUAGUUUUUCUUCCCUGUCAAUUAAUUGAAUUGGGUAGAUGAAUACAAGCACCAACCAAACGUCUAUGGGAGCGACCAUUCUUUACUCAAGGCAAUACGUAAAUAAAUAAAUAAACUAGAUUUUUUCUUUUUCAGUUGAAGAAAAAUAGACGUUACUAAAUAUUUUAUGUAGAGAGCUAUACAUGCUCGUUCUUGAUAUAUGUACGAUCACUUUUGUUCAUAUUAAACAAAUGAAACAAAAGAAGUUGCGGUUCAA